AAUACAACGAAACCAAAACCCAAACUAAAUAAUCAUGAAAGUCGUAAUUGCUUUGUGUGUCUUGACCCUGGCCGCAGCCGCCCCCCAGCAAGGGGGCGAAGCCCAAAUCCUGCGCUUCGAAAACGAAAACAUCGGCGUCGAUGGCUACAAAUUUAAUUUUGAGACCAGUGAUCCGAUUUCGCGCUCCGAGUCCGGCGAACUGACCAAUGCAGGAAGUGACCAUGAGGCAGUGGUGGUUCGUGGAGAGUACACUUACAAGGGUCCUGACGGAAAAACGCACACAGUGUCGUUCGUCGCCGACGAAAACGGCUACCAGCCCCACACCCAGACUAGCUAAGAAUAUUGCAAUUUUUUGUGUACAAAGAAACUAAUAAAAAUUUAUUGAUACUGAA